CUGAUCCCCCACAUUUCCACCUGGGCCUCCCUGACGAGGGUUCUCCCACCCCAAACUCAGUCUCCCAAAUUCCAGUUUCCACCCUCUGCCUCUCAGGUGCAGCACUCCACCCACCCCAGCCCCGACUGCAAACAUUCAGCCCACUCACCAAUGUGCCAAACCACCCCCAAAGCUUCCCAUAAAAGCACUUUGCCACCAGGAGGAGGAGGGCAUCACUGCAUUUAUUUCUGGCCCUUUAUGAGUCCUACCAUGCCAGGACCCAGUCGCCCGACCCCGCCCCACCCAGCUCCCACGCAUUCUCACGCGUGGCGUCUCCCUGCAGGAGACUGCAGCCCAGGGCUCCUGAGAAAAGUAUUGCAGGUCGGCUUCACCGGCGAGCUAAUUAAAAAGGCCCGCAAAGGAGAGUCAGUUAAGCUCUCAUUAGGAGAUAAUGGAGGGAGUUAAGCAAACAGGCCUCCACCUUAUUCUUGGCCCUUAGGGAAAAGGAGCUGUGACCUCGUUUGCAGCUGAGUAGGAGGCUGGCCAGCACCAAAAAUAAUGAGGGAAGAGAAAGCUAGGGGGUUGACACUGCCAGGUCAGAGGGAGAAAGGGCUAGGAUCUGGACUCCAGGGUUUCAGGAGGAGGAAACUAGGGUGUGUGGACUCCCCGGCUGGGAGGGAGCGGAGUCUGGCCUCCCCCUCAGAUGGGCGAGGGGCCCUAUCCGGGGUAAGUCCCCGGUGCGGAGGUGGGGCUGCAUCGCUGCAGCGGGAUUGGCCGAGGCGGGGGUGUGUGCGGCAAUCGCUGAUUGGCCGCGGCAGAGGCGGGGAGCCGCCUGGACGCCGCACCCUUGCGGCUCCAGCCUAGGUGGUAGGGGAGGAAGACUGGGCAGGUGGAAAGGAAAACUAGGAGACACCCUGCCGGGAAGGACUCAGAAUUUGACUGCCCGGGCCUGUGGCUUUUCGUGCUGGGGAACCAGAAUUUGGGAGCAAAAUGUCUCAGGGUAGAGUGACCUAAAGAGCAGAGUUUGAGGCUACAACAGGAACAAUAGUUUGGUGUCACAGUAACCUGGAUGCAGGCGAUGGGGUAACUUCGACCACGGAAGGGGGGGGGGAGGGGGGAGCUGGUGCGCACGGUGACCUCGGGGCACGAUAUAGGGAACACUGAAACAGGUUUGAAUUGCUAGCGAUUAGAGAGAUCCUGAGCGGCUGUAGGGCUUCCCAAGUGGCUCAGUGGGUAAAUAAGAAACGGGUUCAAUCCCUGCUGAGUCGGGAAGGAGGAGGGCAUGGCAACCCACUCCAGUAUUCCUGCCAGGAAAAUCCCAGGGACAAGAGUCGGACACAACGGAAGCAACUGAGCGUGCACGCGCUCAGCAGGGACUGUAAUCGACUGUCUGCCUCUGGGGGUCAUGAAAUCGGGGAGACAGUCUUGAAGGGGCGUAACCAGGGAAUCCUGCCUAGAGGCUGCUCACUGGAGCUCAUUGAUGAACUGGGGAACUGAACAUUUCCAGGCGUCCCUGAUGAAAAGGGCUGGAAGGAGGCAUGGUAAACCCUGGGUGUUUCUCUCUUUAAAAAGUUACAAAGAGUACACGUAUAUCUUCUCGUUGGAAAGGAAACCUAUAUUCAAACUGAUUUGGACCCCCAGAUUUCUCCCUGUACCUUGGUUUCUGUGUGGUCCCAGAAGAUAUGCCUCAUCCAGCUUCAAGGCUGCUGACCUGCAGCUAGAAAUGACACAGGAGCCUCAUAAGAAGCCUGACCCCAGCCAGCCUCUGCUGUUCGGGAAUACAUUCACCGACCACAUGCUGAUGGUGGAAUGGAACCAGGAGAAGGGCUGGGGCCAGCCCCGAAUCCAGCCCUUCCAGAACCUCACGCUGCACCCAGCCUGCUCCGCUCUGCACUACUCCCUGCAGCUCUUUGAAGGCAUGAAGGCAUUCAAAGGCGGGGACCAGCGCGUGCGCCUCUUCCGACCUUGGCUCAACAUGGAACGGAUGCUGCGCUCGGCCCUCCGCCUCUGCCUGCCGGGUUUCGACAAAAUUGAGUUACUGGAGUGCAUCCGCCGGCUGGUGGAAGUGGACCAGGACUGGGUCCCCGGCAGCGUGGGCGCUAGCCUCUACGUGCGGCCCGUGUUGAUCGGGAACGAGCCCUCGCUAGGUGUCGGCUACCCCACUCAAGCCCUCCUGUUCGUCAUUCUCAGCCCGGUGGGCACCUACUUCUCUGGAGAUUCCUUGAAACCUGUCUCCCUCCUGGCAGAUCCAUCAUUCAUCCGGGCCUGGGUGGGCGGGGUCGGCAACUUCAAGGUGGGAGGGAAUUACGGGCCCACCGUGUUAGUACAGCAGGAGGCACAAAAGAAGGGCUGCGAGCAGGUCCUCUGGCUGUACGGGCCUGAUCACGAGCUCACCGAGGUGGGCACCAUGAACAUCUUCGUCUUCUGGACCUAUGAGGACGGGGUGCUGGAACUGGUGACCCCCCCACUGGAUGGCAUCAUCCUACCUGGAGUAGUCCGACAGAGUCUGCUGGACCUGGCCCGGACCUGGGGUGAGUUCCGAGUGGUAGAGCGUAAGAUCACUAUGAAGGAGUUCCUGCGGGCGCUGGAGGAUGGCCGGGUCCAAGAAGUCUUCGGUUCAGGCACCGCUUGCCAGAUCUGCCCCGUGCACCAAAUCCUGUACCAAGGCAAGCAUUUCCACAUUCCCACUAUGGAAAACGGGCCCCAGCUUAUCCUCCGCUUCUACAAGGAACUGAAGGCGAUCCAGGUGAGGUGCACCAGCUGGGACCUGGGCUGGAUGCUCGGUUGCCCAAGAGAAGUUCCCGUCGCACGAGCCUCUGAACUGAGGCUUCCCCUCCCCCAACACCCACCAUAGUCCCACCAGCUGAAAACGGCUCCUUCCAUCGGCCUCUGGGCCUCCGAUUGAGUUUGCGUUCCUCGAGGCCCUGUGGCCUAGAACACUUCUUGGGACUAAAUGGGGCUUCUCUGUGAGCCUCGGGAGCCCUGGCUUGAGAAAUUCCCUUCCCAUGAGCCUCCGGGACCUGAAGCCAACAUUCUGGUCACUGAGUUCCGAGUCCCAGGGAUCCCCAGGAGCUGGCUUGAGAAAUCUUGCUCCUACCAGCCUCUGGACUCUGCCCCGACUCUGUGACCUAAGAACAUAUCCUAUCAUAAGCCUCUGGAGGUACUUUCAUUCGUCUGAACCGAGCUAUCUUGCCUUUCCUGGCACUGGAACUGGAGCUCCUUUUCUGUAAGCUUCUGUAAAUUCCUGAGUAUCUGGACCGAGAACUAUAUCUCCUGCCUAUCUAGGUUUUCUCAGCUGAAGAACCCC